AUGGUUGGGUUAUUCCACGGUAAUAUUACUGCCGUACCUGCGAAACGGGAUUUGGUAGACGCAAGUGACAAAGAGGAUGAUCGUAAGAACAUUAUACAACUGGUCGUCAUUAUAGUUGUCGUAGCACUUGUUCUAGGCAGUUUACUUGCUGGAUGGUCUGGUAUUAGAUGGUUUAUGAGAAGAAGGGCUAAAAAGAUUCAGAACCAGACAAAUCUCGCCAAUCCAACGGAAACCUCCCGCAUGACGCCACUCGAAACAAUCGAUCUUACUCCACCAUCGCCAUCCCACAUAAAAUCGUCGCGCUCGUCGCGCUGUUCCGAUACUUGGGAACGGUACUUGAGCAUGAUUCAAACGCCUGCUAGACUAAACCAAGCUGUUAAAUCAAUGAAGAGUCAAAACCCAGGUCGAUGGAGUAAAAUCAAGGAUGAUGUGAAGGAAGAGAGUUUUUAA